GAUCUUUGGACGCCAUCACAAUCGUCAUCUCUUUCAUGUCCAAGAAAUACAGUAUCAAACGAAAGGCAACCAAGACACCUCUAGAAGCAUGUUUCCCUGAAAUCCAGCCUGCAGGAAGCUGGGAGAUUCCAAGAAAAAUAUUCCAUUAUUCAAUAGGAUUCUGUGUAUAUUAUCUAUAUAACUCUGGUUAUGACACAACAGAUAUCUAUCCUUCACUGACAGCAGGGUUCGCUGUGGUGGUUACGGCAGAAGUACUUCGGUUCUCUUUUGACUGGUUCAAUAGAAUCUACUGCAAGCUACUGGGCCCUCUGAUGCGCAAGACAGAGGUCAGCACACGGCUCAACGGAGUUGUCUACUACCUGGCCGGCUGCGUUAUCGUGCUCUGGGCAUUCCCCAAGGACAUUGCGUCGCUGUCGAUCAUCUAUCUGUCCUGGACUGACCCGACCGCAAGUAUCUGCGGCCGUCUCUGGGGAAACAAGACUCCAAGAUACGGAAAUAAAUCCUUGGCAGGUACUCUUGGUGCAGUAGUCACGGGAUCACUGGUCACAUAUGGCUUUUUUGGUCCCUUUGGUCUGGCUGGUGGAUCACCAUCGUUUGACAACCGGCUCAGUUCAAUUGGUCUGCCACUCCUCUCGGUCUAUGGAGGUCUGGUUGCCGGUCUGUCCGAAGGUAUCGGUGGUGUUCUGGGUGUCGAUGACAAUCUCACCAUUCCUGUCUUGAGUGGCAUAUUUUUGUGGGUUCCUUUGGUUGGUCUUGGAUUAGGCAGGUCAUAAUUAUUCUUAUACUUGUAGUUGUACUUGUACUUAAUUUUUCUUUACCGUUCUUACACUAUUAUUAUUAUUUUAUUAUUAAUUAUUUAAAAAGAG